GGAACAUCAGACCGGCCCCCCCCACCCCGCCACCCCCACUUGUAGAGGGCACUAUAGACUGGUGUAUGUUUGCAGAGGGAUGUCUGGGCUCAUGAGCUCUCAGAAAACAGUGGUUAUCCCUCUUCUAAACCAACCCCAGCUUUCUUCGAUUUUAAUUUCUUCUGUGAUGGGGAAGUCCUGAUUUUGACCUUACUCUCUGCUGUGGUUAUUCCUGCCAGUUGCUUAAGCCGAGCUACCAGGAUUUGGGCUGCUUCUGCACUGACUUGACCACUCGGGCCCUUCUGUCCCCUCAGUGCCCCUGGAGCAGCUCCCAGGGGUGGGUCUGUCACUGAGCCCCAAGGCUGGGAAGACAUUAGUCCCAGCCUCUGGGCUGUGAGGGAGGAAGGUGGUACGAGCUGGCUCUGGCCAGGGCUGCUCAGGGCAAAGUCUGGUUCCAGAUUCCAGCUGGGGAUGCAGCCCCUAGAAGGAACCAGAUGGCUCUGUGCUAACUUCAUUAACUAAAUGGCCCUGGGGUAAAUGGAGAGUGCGCAUCCAGUUAGUCAGCAGUAAAUGAAUCCUGGCUGGGGGCCCAGUGCACCCCGUGGCUCCUCAUUCACCUAGACACUUAAGGCUUCCCAUAGCCAACCCCAAGACACGGAUAUGUCCACCCCUGGGGGCGGGGUUUGUCUCCCAACAGCAGCCUGUACCUUAACACUUUUCGUUUUAAGGGCAAGGCUGUGGAAGGGUGAAUGGUUAGGUUGAAGGCGUGGAAUGCAGCAUUUAAGAAAAAGCUGAAAAAUUGCCACGGUGAGAUCAUCCAGUAGUGGCAGCCAGCGAGGAGACAGGGGCAUGGCUGCGUGACGCUAUGCCUCUCUUUGAUGCGCAGGGAAGGCUGGGCCUUAACUUAGAUCGCUGGGUGACAAUCCAGAGUGCUCAGAAUCACGAGAUUCCAGGUGGAUGUUAUACUUCUGAGAAAGAAUGGAGAGGAUGUGCGCCUGGAAUCCGUGGUCCCCGUGCAGAGAAAGAGUUCGAAACAGAAUUUGACGAUUUUGUAGAAUGUCUGCUUCGGCAGAAAACAAUGGAAUGUCUAAGUGACGUCAGGAGGCAACAGGAUAAACUAAUAAAGGAAGAAAAGUAUGCGUCUCCACCUCCCCACGUGGGCUCCCAGACCCGGAGCAGAGCUGCUGCUGACGGCUGGAGGCUGAUUUUCUUGUUCUCUCUUCUCCCCAGGAAAGUUCAGUUACUAAAAACCUCUUUGUGAAAGUGUCUAAAAAUAAAGGAUUGCUCUAUCCU